UUAAGCCCCUCCCCCCCUCUCUUCCUCUGCUUUCAUUUGUUUCCUACCCUCCGCGCGCCGCACAGUCUCUCCUUCAUUCGGAAAAUCACCACCACCACCACCCACAGCCACCGCUCUACACAUUACCAAUCUCCUUUCAUCCUUUGCUUCCGACGAACUCUGUUAUUUCAAACCAUAAAACUCUCUCUCACUCUCUGCGCCACCUUUCACUUCAGCAAUGGGUAAGAGAGGAAAGGUCAUAAACCCUAAGAGGUUUUCACGCAAUCGUGGUGUUGCCUCCGAUGACAUGGACGAUGAAAUUGAUGCCUUUCAUAAGCAGAGGGAUAUUAUCCCGCUGGAUGUGAACGGUGAUAUUGUGGACUCAGAUGAUGAGAUACCUGUCUUUGAUCUCAAGGGUAUGAAUGAUGACGAGGAUGAAGAUGAUGAAACUGGAGAUAUUGCAAAAAUGGCUAGGACACAGAAAUAUUUACGGGAAAAAUUUGGUGGAGUCGAAGAUGCUAUGCUUGAAGAUGAUGAAGAAGAUGAGGAAGAACAAGAGUCUCUAUGGGGUGGAAAAAAGAAGGAAUAUUAUCAUGGUGAUAAUGCUGAUUACGAGGCACAAUCAAGUGAUGAUGAUGGACCUUUGAAGGAGGAGGAAGCGGUUAAGAAACUACAGAUGCAAAAAGCAGAAUCUUAUACAAUUGAAGACUUUGGCCUUGAUGUGAUUGAAGAUUGUAGUGAUCCGAGUGAUAAGGAAUUAACUCUAGAGGAAAUGUCAGCCAAAAGAAAAGGCAGAAAAAAAUAUCCAGGGAUCAAAGAAGCCUUUGAUGACACGGGAGCAGCUUAUGAGGAGGUUAAGAAAGAUUUGAGUGCUCUAUCAAAGGAGGAACAAAUGGAUGUUUUAUAUAGUUCUGCUCCAGAAUUAGUUGGCUUGCUGUCGGAGCUGAAUGAUGCAAUUGAACAGCUUGAAAAAAAAGUGGAUCCACUUCUAAGCAUGGUUAAAAAGGAGGAAAUCAUGAUGGAAGGAGGAGUGCAUUAUUUGGAGAUGAAGCAGCUUCUUUUGCUCUUGUAUUGCCAAGCUAUAACUUUCUAUCUCCUUCUCAAGUCUGAAGGGCAGCCCAUUCGUGAUCAUCCUGUGCUAGCUCGCCUUGUAGAGAUCAAGAGCUUAUUGGAUAAGACAAAACAACUUGAUGGGAAUCUUCCAUCUGAACUUGAGGAGUUCCUGAACAACAAUCAAGGGGUUGAAAUGGUAGUAAAGUUGGGUAGAGAGAAUACUACAUUGUCAAGUGACUCUGUUACAAAAGAUCAGGGGCCCUAUCCUUCAGCUGAAACCCAAGAAACAACAGUGGCUCAUAACACAGCUGAGUUGGAAAAUGUGGAAACUUUGAAGGAUACUGAGAACAAAGCAGGAAAACGCAAACGCCAGAGUGAUCAAGUCGGUGUACAAAGCAUGGAAAUGUUAAAAGUAAGAGCUUCCCUCGAAGAAAGAUUGAAACAAGAGGGUAUCCUUAGUUCCAGAGCUUCAAAGUCUGAUAAAGCCCAGAAACGUCUGAAGCCAGUUAAUGGACGACUUGUGACAUAUGAUGAUUUCGAUGAUGAUGCUAUAGACGUGGGGGCUACUAGAUUCAGUAAUGGUCAUCCAAGUUCAUUGAGUACAAGUAAACUUUCCCAAAUUGUUUCUGCUAAAACAAAUAAGGCCAAGGCGGUUUCUGGUGAUGAUGAUUUGCCUAAAAGGGAUGAUAUUGGAGAAAGGCGGAGGAAGCAUGAACUCCGAGUGUUGGCUGGAGCUGGAAUCAAAUCUGAGGAUGAUGUUGUGGAUGAAGUUGACAAUUUUGAGGUCAAUGGGGAUGCUGACAUGGGGGAUGGUGAUACAGGAGAUUCAGAAGAUGAAUAUUACAAACAAGCUGAACAACGACGAGCUGCAAAACUUGCUGCCAAAGCUGAGAUGUAUUCAAGGACCUCAGCGGUAGUCCCAUCUUCCCUUGAACCCAUUGAUGGAAAACGCUAUAUCACUUAUGAGAUGGAGAAGAACAGAGGGCUGACUCGGAACCGCAAGAAUCAAACCAAAAAUCCUAGGAAGAAGUACAAGGAACAACACAAGAAAAAAGUGAAUCGUCGGAAAGGGCAGGUGCAGGAGAUCAAGAAACCUAUUGGUCCUUAUGGUGGAGAAGCCUCUGGAAUUAAUGUAGCAACCAGCCGGAGUGUUAGAUUCAAGAACUAAAUGCUGUUUUUUGUUUCAAUUUUUCUACUUUGUCAGUUGCAUAGCGCUAGUCAUGUAUCAUGUUUGUGUCUGUCUCCAAUCCAAAUUUUGAUAUCUCAUAUAUAUACAUAUAUUUAAAAUAUAAUAUUUCAAGAGGAAAUGGGCAAGGCUACAAAUAAUUAACUUA